GUUAAAUUGAAGAUCUCCAUCAUCAUGAUCCCUGCUCUUUAUCAUAACUCUAUGCGCUCCAAAAGGUCGUCAUUUCUGUGUAAAUCAUCGCGGCACAGCUCCACUCAAUAACUGUUUCUAUGUCCUAUUGCUACUUUGCUACCCAUGAUGUCAGAAGCCAAGAAGAGGUUAUAAAAGGCCCUGCAGUUCCCUCAAUAGCUACACAACGACCAACCUACCUAACGAUCAAUCUACACGACCUUCUAUCAAACAAUCUUCAAAUUUCAAUGUCUUCUGCAUCUGAACAGCACCAACAUCACGUCGCUGGCGGCCUCAAAGCCGCACUACACAACCCAAACGUCUCCGAAGAGGCUAAGGCCAAUGCUCAGCAACGAUUGGAGAAUAUGGGCUCAGCUACUGAAACGGAAGCUCCGUCUUAUGACGAAGAAACUAAUAGAGUGCUUGGUGGCUAUAAAGCAACGCUGACAAAUAAUCAAACUUCCAGUGCGGCUAAGGCGCAUGCGCGAGAGGUUCUCGAAGCUGCUGGGAUUGAAGUCGACCUUGGACAUACAUCAGAUGAGCAUCAAACAAGAGUACUGGCCGGUUACAAAGCUGCUUUGAACAACCCUAGAGUUUCGGCAGAGGCCAAGGCUCAUGCCAGGGAGUUCCUUCGCGAACACGGUAAUGAUGAAUCUGUGUAGACGCGAGCUCGUUACUGAUGUAGCGCGUAUAUAAUGUAAAAAUAAUCAUUGACUCGGAUGUAUUUGUGUUUUCUUUUCCAUUGCACGAAUCUGAUCGUCCAUAAACUAUU